GCGACCUAACGUUUCCGCGACGGGUACAGUACAGCGAUGGCGAGCGGUAAAAAGAGUGCUCCACUUUCCUCUUUGGCGGACUAUGGGGACGAUUCAGAGCCCGACUCUGAACCCGAACCAGAAGAGACAGGGGGGCGUGGAGGGGGUCUGGUCUACAGCUACGAUGAGGAUGACUUGAACCGAACAGAGGAUGUAGAGGACAAAGUGUCUGGAGAUGAAGACAGCAGAGAGAGCAACUCGGAGAUGGAAGAUUCUGACGAGGGGAGGGACGCAGAUGAUGUUGAGAUCUUAGAGGCAGAAAGAAAAGACCCCAAUGAGCUAGUUGCUCUCUUCUCAGAGAAGGUGAGGAACAUGUCACCUGACGAGAUCAGGAUUCCCCCCGAGCCCCCCGGACGCUGCUCCAACCAACUACAGGAGAAGAUCCACAAGCUGUAUGAGAGGAAGCUUCAUGGAGACUUUGACACAAACAGCCACAUCCAGAAAAAGAAGGAGUUCAGAAACCCCAGUAUCUACGAGAAGCUCAUUCAGUUCUGUGGGAUCGAUGAACUGGGAACCAACUACCCAAAGGACAUGUUUGAUCCUCAUGGCUGGUCAGACGACUCCUACUACGAAGCUCUGGCUAAAGCUCAGAAGGUGGAGAUGGACAAACUGGAGAAAGCCAAGAAGGAGAGGACCAAGAUUGAGUUUGUGACGGGGACGAAGAAGGGCACUAACCCCUCCAGCACAGCAGCCCCCACCACCAGCAACACCACCACCACCACAGCCACAGCAGAGGCCCAGAAGAGGAAGAGUAAGUGGGACUCUGCGAUCCCUGUGACCCUGGCCCAGCCCACCCUCAUCACCACCACGGCCACCCUGCCCAACGUCGUCUCCGUGACAACCACUGCCAGCGGUACCAAAACCACAGUCAUCUCUGCAGUGGGCACCAUCCUGAAGAAGGCGAAGCAGUGAUGGAGCAGGGGGCGGAGCUAGUGA